ACUUGCCUCACUGUAUGUGUUUGGCACUGCAGUCAUGGGGCUUCAAGUAUCGACCGGUCCUGUUGCUCCCUAACAACGGGGGCAAAUACACCCUCACGACGGACAAGCCACGGUAUGAGAGCGGUACAUGUAUUUCUAAUUCGUUCAUGCAUGCCAUAAACUGAUGAUAGAAGUAACCUCGGACUGACAAUUAUUAAAUGUCAAGAUUGAACGGAUCAGAAAAUGUAGUGGUAAUAGUUUUUGACAACUGUGAUGAGAUAUAAGAUAUAAAAUUGAAGUGAUUUUUCACACUAUGAACGCAAGGAGAAAUUCGGGACCCGUCUACGUGGAUGCUUAUGGCGGUAUUGCAGCUGUAUUCAGUGGUGACAUGGAUCGCUACAGGGCCAAGGAUAAGAACAUGGAGGCACCCGUGCGCUACAAGCGAGGAAAACGCCGGAAAAGUAUCACCGUGACAAGGAAGGAGACGAUGCCUGCCAUUCGGUCUCAAUCACCCGCGCCCCUACCACCGCGUCCUCGCCCGAUGAAGCGGAGUGACUCCAGCAUAUCCCGGGUGUCGGUUGCCUCGGAGUUCGCAACCAUCGCGGAGGAUGCAGUCUGCGAUGACUUCCGGGGAGAAGUCAGGCAGAGUUAUCCUCCAACGGCUGGAAGACGGGUAUCUUUCUCAUCAGCUUCUGAAACACCACCGGCUUUAUAUAAUCGGCGAUCAUCCUCAUCUUCGCUUGUGGGGAAAUCGUCUUACGACGAGCCUCCCAGACGUAGAGUUUCCAUUGUCAGUCUGCAAAGAAGCGACUCGACUGUCUCGUCUCUAAUGGAUUUCAACCCGAGGCGACUGUCCACUGUAUCAGACGCAGUGGUAAUACGGAAAACUCCCAAGCCAUGGCGGCGGAAUAGCGCGGACGGGUAUGUGGGACACAUUCGCCGGGCAUCGGCUGAUGGAAACACUUCGAUGUCUGGGCGGAGGUCCUUCCCACCCCAGUCGACAUCUCGGAGGUAUCAUCAGGCAUCGGGUCCGGCCUACCAGUCCUACCCUCCUCCGGACAUGGGGGAGAAGUCGAGAGAUGUGUUCGAAGGAUCCAUGGCAGAUAGGGACGGUCUGAGCUACGAAGCUACGCUUAGGAGAGCUUCCCUUGCCUCCAUUCACGAGAUGCACCAUGCCAUCACAUUACUCAAGAACCAGAAAGCCUUGGCAAAACUUCAAAAGGCUCAAGGAAGAAACUUUCAAGAUGGCUCGACAGGAGGCUACGGCUCGCGAAGAUCCUCAUUAAGGGGAUCAUCUCCAAGGCAAUCCGUAGGCUCUGGGUCAAGCCGCGCCAGGGGUAAUAGUACUGCAUCCUUGGACGCUCAUUUAAGGCGAUUAUCCAUCAGCACCUCGAUACAAGACAUGCACCAGCAGAUGACCCUGAUCAAAGAGAAACAACUGGUGAAGCGAUUGAACUCAAGAGUACAGUUCUCCGUGGUUGAAGACGCCGCAAGGCCGUCAGAGAGCCGGCGGGGGAGUUUGGCCAGCGGGCGUCGGAGGAGCAGUGCAGGAGGAUCGCCAAUCAGUGCGGCGUCCAUGAGUAGUAUGACCGGUGGCCGAAGUCGACUGGGAAGUCAGGAUUCGGAUUCUUACAGCAGCAAUAGUGACUACAGUUCAUCAUCUGGGUCGUCAUCGGACUACUCCGGAUCCUCCUCUGAGUAUUCAGAAUCUGACUCAGAAGACUCACAAUCAUCCUCAGACGAUGCAACAUCUUCCGACUCGGACUCUGACACUUCCAGUGAUUCCGGCAGCGAAGUGAGUGGGAGCGGCCUGUCAUCCCAAGAGGCUCACGGCUCCAGUGAUGACGACCGCUCAGUAGCCUCGUCCGCUGGCACUUCCUCCACCGACACCGACUCCGGGAACGGGACGCUCAGCAGCAGCCACGGGUCCAAGACCGAGGGGCAACCGAAGGGUAUCCAGGACCUGGCUGGCCCAUCGGGGUUGGGACGGAUGGGUAGGGUGUCGCCUAAGAGUCCGCCACACACGGACACUCGGGAAAACCACUUUGACUUUUCGGGCACCCAUCACCCAAUGGUGCAGAAGGGUGCAGGGGACAAUGGUGCACAACAGAAGGUGAUGAAGGGGCAAGCAACGUCCAAGGCAUGUGUUAUACUUUGAGAAGUGGGUCAAAUUUCUUCAUAAUUCUUUCACUCCGGUUUUUUUUUUUAUACAACCAUACCUGUACACACAAUUAAAACUCUUUAAGGCUCAAAACAAAAACCCACAAAAUCGCACCUGAAAUGCUUUCAAAAUGUUUUCAUGUCUUUAUUUACAGCAUACGGAAUUUGCACUGACCACAAACUCUGAUAUAGAUUAUUGCAUUAACAUUCCACGAUUUAAUAUGAAACCAAGAAACGGCUUUAAGUUAUUUACAGAUUUAAAGAAGUAUACCCCGUGCUCUCCCCAAAAUUGUUAUUUUUUUUCUCAGAACAAAUUUCCAAUUUGUAUGUUUUGUUUUAAUAAAAAAUGUAUUUGAUUCUAAUUUUGAGCGUCUGCGACCCUAUUAAAAAAAAGAAAUUUCAUUUUGAGCCUCACAUGACCCCGCCCUGUGAGAGGUAAAAAAUCUGGCAGUCAAUAAAUCAUGUUUUUUUCGGAAGAUAAUUCAAAACUAAAAAUGUUGGAUUUUUUCAUUCGAUGUCUCUCAUUCACAAGUGAAUAACUUCUCUAUUCCUCAAAAAAUAGCAAUUGAAAAUACUAAUCUAUGUUUAGAGGUGAAACUCGAAAAAAAGCACAGGGAAUGCAUCUUAAGUGCAUUGUACACGGAACAACAUACCAUAACUUGGCACUAAAGCAAAAAUCCCCAUAAUUAUUAUAAUACUCGGGCUAAAGUUUCUUGAAAAAUUAACAAAAGAAAUGCAUCAGUUUGAAGAAAAUGAUUAAACAGAAAUAAAGUAUGUGAUUAGCGCCUCAACAAUUAGAAAUUAAAGCCAAUCAGACAGCAUAAUAUUCUGUGAGUUAUAAAGUGACGCUUUAGACAUUCUUACACUUUCAUUUUAAUUAUAGUGUCUUUCUUUUAUCAUAGAAAAUCUUUGCAAAAAUUAUUUCCAUUUUUGUUCCUUUUUUCGAACUGGCAGCUACAAAUAAACAAUUGAAUAUAUAUAAUAAAUGUGAUGUGCUGUGACUGUA